AUGGCCACGUCAGUGGCAGCUCCUUUGAGGCACUUUGCCUCCUCCUUGUCUUCUCUACAGAAAUACCAAGUGGUUACCUAUGAGGCUGCCAGAUUGCUUCAGACUUGGGUUCCCCAAAUGAAGGGCUCGAGGCGGGCACUAGUAGUGCCAGGACCUUCGUGUGUCAGGUUGGGGAUCAUGCUAGUGUUGGUACUGAUUUUCCUGCCAAGCAUGUACUGUGACCCUGGAUCUGUAUACUACUCUUCUUAUGAAACAGUCAUCCCCAAGGGUCUGACAGUCAAGGGAAGGGAAGACCCAGGGGAAAAGGCAUCCUAUAUGCUAUUAAUGCAGGGCCAGAAACAGGUGAUUCACCUGAAGGCGAAGAGAGACUAUUUUGUGAAUAACUUCCCAGUCUUCAGCUACCACAAUGGGGUCCUGGGGCAAGAAACACCUUUCAUCUCGUAUGACUGUCACUAUGAAGGCUACAUAGAAGGAGUCCCAGGUUCUUUUGCUUCCCUCAACACCUGUUCAGGCCUCAGGGGCAUCCUGAUUAAGGAGGGGAAACUCUAUGGCAUCGAGCCCAUGGACACUUCAAAACGGUUUGAACAUGUGUUGUACACCAUGGCACACCAAGCUCGAGUCUCCUGUAGUGUCACCUCCAAAGGCAGCCAAGUGGUGUCCACCAGCCGGCAACAAGGGAGCAGGAAGCCUCGCAGUCUACAGGCACUGUCCUCCUUUUGGUCACACACCAAGUACGUGGAGAUGUUUGUCGUGGUCAACAACCAGCGGUUCCAAAUGUGGGGCAGUAACGUCAAUGAGACAGUCCAGAGAGUAAUGGACAUCAUUGCUCUGGCCAACAUCUUCAGUCGGGAAAUAAACACCGAGGUGGUGCUGGCUGGAAUGGAGAUUUGGACCGAGGGGGACCUCAUAGAAGUCCCAGCGGACUUGCGAGUUACACUCAGGAAUUUCAACAGCUGGAGACAGCAGAAGCUCUUGCAUCGUGUGAAGCACGACGUUGCCCACAUGAUCGUGGGACAUCAUCCUGAAGAGGAUGUGGGACACGCAUUUCUCAAUGGUGCCUGUUCAAGAGGCCUUGCAGCAGCUGUUGAAGCCUUCCAUCAUGAAGACGUCCUCCUGUUUGCAGCGCUCAUGGUCCAUGAGCUUGGGCACAACUUGGGUAUUCAGCACGACCACUCGGCCUGCAUUUGUAAAGACAAACGCUUUUGCCUCAUGCAUGAAAAUAUCACUAAAGAGAGUGGUUUCAGCAACUGCAGCUCUGACCACUUCUCUCAGUUCCUCCGGGAACACAAAGGGGCCUGCCUAUUUAACAAGCCUCGGCCCAGAGGUCGCCUGCGUAGGCAAGCCACGUGUGGGAAUGGCGUGUUAGACUACAAUGAGGAGUGUGACUGUGGACGUGACUGUGGUAACAACCCAUGCUGUGACCUAACAUGUAGGCUAAAGGAAAAAGCAAAGUGUAGUCCUGGGCCCUGCUGUAAUGACACGUGUCAAUAUUCAGUAAAGGGAUCCAUGUGUCGUCCUUCUUCUGGAGAGUGUGACCUCCCAGAAUAUUGUGAUGGUACCUCUGACAGAUGCCCCACCAACACAUACAAGCAAGAUGGUACAUCUUGUCAAGGAGUUCACUAUUGCAUUCAGGGUGUGUGCAAGACCCCUGAUCUUCAAUGUUUAAGUGUUUUUGGAUUCCCUGCAAGGUCUGCCCCAGAAGACUGUUACAUUCACAUGAACACUAAAGGGGAUCGGUUUGGAAACUGUGGCCUUCCCACUUCAGGUAACCAGGAAUAUGUUAAGUGUACAGGUGAAAAUAUAUAUUGUGGGAAAAUUAUAUGUACAAAUGUUAAAAAUGUACCAUCGAUCAAACCCAUGGAAACAAUGAUCCAGGUCCCUCAUAAGGAUGACUGGUGCUGGAGCAUGGAUGCCUAUAAUUAUACUGAUAUCCCUGAUGAUGGUUAUGUGCAAAUUGGCACACUUUGUGCCCCAGAAAAAAUCUGUAUGAAUAACUCCUGCAUCAAUCAUGAUGUGCUCAACUACGAUUGUGAUACAAAAGAGAUGUGUAAUGGGAGAGGAGUUUGCAACAAUUUAAAGCACUGUCAUUGUGACGCUGGCUAUGCUCCACCUGACUGCAAAACCGUAGGAACUGGGGGUAGCGUGGACAGUGGCUCUCCUGUUGUACAACGGGAAACCGAAAACACUAACAAUGUUGCCAAACAUGAAGAUGGUUACCUAGACUAUAUGAUCAUAUUAUUUUUAAUACUUUUUUCCCUAAUAUUAAUAAUCAUAAUUGUUUGUGUCAUCAUCAUGUGUAAACGUUCAAUAGAAGCUUCUCCAGAGCCCACAGAAAAGGGUCCAGAAGAGGCUGCAGUAAAGCCCCCAGAAGAGGCAGCGGAAGAGGCUCCGCCAGAAGAAGAGGAAGAGGAAGAGGAAGAAGAGGAAGAGGAGGAAGAGGAGGAAGAAGAGGAAGAAGAGGAAGAAUCAGAGCCGUAA